UUCCAUCUCCCGGCGUUGUCAGCAAAACAAUGGGAGCGAGUUUCUCAAAUCUUCCCACCCCCUCGUGUCCCUGGCCCAGCAGCAGCAGCAGCGCACCACAGCUGGCUCAUGAGGGGCAGGCCGCGUGUGGUGGGGUAAAGAAUGGGUAACUCGUGCUUACUCCAUGACGCCUUGAAGAGGAGGCCAAACAAAGAAGUAAACCUCCUUGAGCUGCCUCCCACCACCAACAGUGGCUUGAGAAAGCCAUUGCAGGGCUGCGUCUUUGCCGAAUAAGCGAUUGUCUUGGGGCGCGUAUAAAUGUUUCAUCGUCCUGCAUUUACACGUACAGUACAAAAAGGGCACCAUGGUUACAUCAACUCAGAAAACCCCAGCGUAGCCACAGAUCCCUUGGGACCUGUGGCUGUGCUUCGCCCCCCUCUCUGCUCUCACCUGGGCUGAGACCUCUGCUGAGCUGGUAGCAGGGGCUGGAGAUACCGACGCCUGAGCUGCUGCUGCUGCCACCAUGGACGAGGCGAGCAGCAAGGCGGCAGGCCGGAGACCCUUCGCCCUCGACCCGACGGGCGACGUCUACAACCGCUGGCAGGUCGUCUCCUGCGCCUUCACGCUCUUCAACUGGUUUGCCAUCAUCUGCAGAGUGAGCUUCAUGGACGUGCAGGUGAAGUUUCUGCCGGUGUGGCUCACCCUGGACUAUGUGUCGGACGCUGUCAACCUGGUGGACAUGGUGCUCCUGAGCAGGAAAGGCUUCAUGGAGUGCGGGCUGCUGGUGACGGACGUGGGCCGCAUGCGCCAGCGCUACGUCCGCUCGUCGCGCUUCUGCCUCGACGCGCUGGCGCUCAUCCCCACCGACCUCCUGUACGCGUACACGGGCGUGCACUACCCCGUGGUGCGCCUCAACCGCCUGCUGCGCUUCCCUCGCAUCUUCGACUGCUUUGACCAGGUGGAGACACACACCAACUACCCCAAGACAUUCCGCAUCAUCAAGCUGGUGGUGUACAUCUACCUGAUGGUGCACUGGAACGCCUGCUUCUACUACCUGCUGUCCGCCUACAUCGGCUUUGGGCAGGACGGCUGGGUGUACCCGGCCCAUGAGACGCCGGGCUUCGGCGGCACGGGCCGCCAGUACAUGUUCUGCAUCUACUUCUCCACGCUGAUCCUGCUCACCAUCGGCAACAUCCCCAAGGCGGAGCGCGAGGCCGAGUACCUCUUCGUGGUCGUCGACUUCCUCAUCACCAUCUUCGUGUUCGCCACCAUCCUGGGCAACGUGGCGAGCAUCUGCGCCAGCGUAAACGAGGCCGGCGACAGGUUCCUGGCCGAGUUCAACGAGGUCAAGGACUACGUGCGCUUUCGCGCCAUCGGGAAGGACGUGGACCGCAAGGUGGUGGAGUGGUACGAAUACCUGCAUCUCAGUAACAAGUCGUUGGGCGAGGAGGACGUCCUCAGGGAGCUGCCCGUGACGCUGCGCACCGCCAUCGCCAUCAACGUGCACAUGCAGACGCUGCAGAAGGUGGAGAUCUUCAAGAACUGCGAGCUGGGCCUGCUGGAGGAGCUCGUGCUGAAGCUACGACCCAAGCUGUACAGCCCCGGCGACUACGUUUGCCGCAAGGGCGACAUCGGCCGGGAGAUGUACUUCAUUAAGGAGGGCAAGCUGGCGGUGGUGGCCGACGACGGAGUGACGCAGUAUGCCGUGCUGGGGGACGGCAGCUACUUCGGGGAGAUCAGCAUCCUCAAGAUACCCGGCAGCAAGGCCGGGAACCGGCGCACGGCCAACAUCCGCAGCAUCGGCUACUCGGACCUCUUCUGCCUGUCCAAGGAGGACCUGCAGGAGGUGCUGCGAGAGUUCCCAGCGGCUGGCAACAUGCUGGAGGAGAAGGGGAAGCAGAUCCUGGCCAAGAUGGGCCUCCUGGACACCGAGAUGGAGGGAGCACGCGCCGAGCCACACCAGCUGGAGAGCACGGUGGAGACGCUGGAUGGGGCGGUGCGUGCCCUGCAGACCAAGGUUGCGCGCCUGCUGGCCGAGCACAAGUCCGGCGACAAGAAGAUACGCGCGCGUCUACGCCGCCUGGAGCGCGUGUUCACCGCAGAAGCAGCAGCAGCAGCCGGCGAUGACCACAACGAUGCGGGGGCCACGGGGGCCACGGGGGCCACUGGGAGCGGCGACGCGUGAAGUCCAACCUCAUCUCGUCGUCGUCGUCGUCGUCACCGUCUCUAAGCCACCUUCUUGGGCGGCCUUCCGCAUCGAGCUCGUGCCAGGGGACCCAGCGGCGGAAGGGCGUCCGUGGGGCCACGCCUGGCCGGUGGUCCAGAGCCUCGCCGGAGAGAUUCUCUCCCCCCCCCCCACCCCCCGCUCUCUUUUAGCCCAGUGGUUCUUCUUGACACGGGGCUCACCACGCAACCCCUGGGGGGGCGAGAUGCCCUUUCCGUGGGUGCGAGACAUGGGCAGGUUUUUGUAAGAAAGUAAAUAAUCUAAACCACAAAUGAAGCAUGGGCACGCAAGUAGAACAACGUUGUUUCAUCAAACCCUAUGUGUUGAUUAACAUUACACAUCUUAAUAAGGGGUGCAGGCUGCAGUUAAGGUUAAGAACCACUGGUCUAGAGUAUUCACCUGCACGCGAUAAGCUGCUUUGUAGAGCUAUCAUUUGUGGUCAGGUCGCUUCUGAAAAAUAAUCUCAUAGGCCAGUUGGCUUUACCUG